CCCCGCACUCGCUGCGCUAUUUCUACACGGGGGUGUCGGAGCCUGGCCCGGGGCUGCCCGAGUUCAGCACAGUCGGGUAUGUGGACGGGCAGCUGAUCAGUGACUACAGCAGCGAUCGGGGGACUGAGGAACCACGCGCGGAGUGGAUGGCGCGGAUCGAGGACCCGGAGUACUGGAAGCGGCAGGCGCAGAUCUCACAGGGCAAUCAGCUCUCGUUCCGAGCGAGCCUGAACAACCUGCGCGGGCGCUACAACCAGACCGGGGGUGAGUGCGGGGCCCGGUCACUGCCCGGACCGGACACGGGGCUCGCGCUGCGGGGGGGGCAGAGGGGCUCCCUGGGGGCUGGGGGGUCG